UUGAGUACCUGUGUAUCAGGUGUAAAGACUCGGUUCGUGUAUCCUGUAAUUCCUCUACACUCACUAGUGACGACUUCUGUUUUAAGUAUCAGACGAGUCUGAGAUAACUCGCUAGAGUCGACUCAGAUUUUGUUGCGUCCGAUCCGGUUAAAGAGAACGAGUAAAACCCGUGACUCAGGUGAAUUGUGCCCAUUCAGCCCCAACUCGCAUCUGGGUUGGACGAGUCAAUUCAAGUAGCUGAGUCUUUUGAUCAUGUUCCAGGCUGGCUAUAGUAAGUGGUGAUAAGCUUUCAGUAUUCACCACUGAACAUUUGGCUGUAUGGUUGGGUAAUCACGCCCAUUGGAGUUUUCUUCCUUAACUCAUUGCCCAUAGGCGCCAUUCAAUCACCUUCCAUUGCUGGCGAAUUGCAAGCUUGUUACUCAUUCGAUGAUGAUAAGAAAAUCCGGCAAACUGUUUAUUCUUCUCAGUUUCUUCAUAUUCUACUGCCUCUGCAUUCGAUUUUCCCACGCGGCGGAUACCAUCACACAAGACCAACCGCUCCUUGACGGGAAGACCUUGAUUUCUGCUGGUGAGGUUUUCGAGCUGGGCUUCUUCAGCCCCGGCAAGUCGAAGAAUCGUUACGUGGGAAUAUGGUACAAGAAAGUCACGAAACGAAGGGUUGUAUGGGUUGCCAAUAGGAAAAACCCAGUCUCACCUUCAUCUGGUGUCCUUACAAUCAACAGCACCAAUGGAAAUCUGAUGAUCUUGGAUAAGAAUGGAAGCAACUUCAUGGUGACAACUGAUUCUGCCACCAAUCAAACAAUUGCUCGGCUCUUAGAUUCCGGAAACCUCAUACUGAUAGAAGGGAAUUCGACGAAUCAUGAAGGCCGGGUCAUAUGGCAAAGCUUUGAUUAUCCUACCGAUACGUAUCUCCCUGGCAUGAAACUGGGAGUGAAUAGAACGAGUGGGCGAAAAUGGGUCCUUUCUUCAUGGACAAGUGAAGAUGACCCUGCUCCCGGGAACUUCACUAAUGGAAUCGAUUCCGAUGGAUUGGCUCAGUUUUUUACAUGGAAAGGACGACAAAAAUACUGGACUAGUGGCACUUGGAACGGGAAAUUUUUCAGCCUUCUUCCUGAAAUGAGAACAUAUCCUAUCUUCAAUUACAGCUACGUAUCGAAUGAGGAUGGGAGAUAUUUUAUAUAUUCACUUUAUGAUAAAACUAGAAUUUCAAUAUCGGUGAUGGACGUGUCUGGGCAAAUGAAGCUAUGGUCAUGGUUUGAGGACCACCAAUCUUGGUUUUCGUUGUCGUCUCAACCAAGUAAGGCAUGUGAGUUUUAUGCUCCUUGUGGGGCUUAUGGUAUCUGCGAUGGGAGUACGUCCUUGUGCAAGUGCUUGCCCGGGUUUGAGCCUUACUCUCGACGAGAUUGGCAUGCAGGUGAUAAAUCAAACCGGUGCAUGAGGCGAAUACAACUGAAGUGUGGGAAUGACGAUGGGUUCUCGCGGUUGAGUGGCAUGAUAUUUUCUGGUCACGCUCGAGUUCUUAAGAAUUCAAGUCUCAGCCUAGAAGAAUGCGAAUCUGAGUGCAGGAGAAACUGCUCUUGUAUUGCUUAUGCUUCUGCUCAUGACAACAGAACCGGAUGUUCCUUUUGGGAUGGAGAGUUGAUAAAUCUUCGUGAGAUCUCCGACAAAGUCCCUGAUCUUUAUGUUCGACAACAAGCCACUAGAAAUGGUAAAUUUUAA